CUUAGGCGUUACCAAAACUUCCCCUAUCACUAACUUGCCGUAUUUAACGUCUCUCAAUCCUAUUACUCAUUCAAGAAAAAACACAAAGCAACAAACUAGGAAACUACUUUGUUAAAAAAUAUACAGGAAAAAGCAAGAAUCUCAGAUUGGAUCUUCUAUCUUUGAUCUCCAUUUUUCUUUGCUUUUUAUCCUUUUUCUAUUGAUAAAACACAUUAAAGGUGAGAGACCUUGUUAAGCUUAAUGGCUAAUAUAGCCACCAUAUGUCCUCCAUUUGUUGAGAUCUAUUGCCUCUACUUGAGAAGCAGAAAUGAAAAUUUGUACUAGUGUAAAUUUUCUGAUCAUCAUAACCACAUUUUGUUCCCUCUUAAGCAAGGUGUAUUCAUCUACAAAUGUUUCAAAUUCUUAUUCCUUUGUUUUGGCUUGUGGGGCUACAAGUAAUGCCACAGAUGCAGAUGGCAGAAUUUGGAGUCCAGAUUCCACCUAUCUCUCCUCUUCUUCUAGUAAUUCAAUCACAUCUAAAGCUAAAUACCAAGACCCUUCAUUGAUUUCUGAUAUUCCUUACAUGACUGCUAGAAUUUUCAAGACUCAAACCGCCUAUACCUUCCCUGUUUCUCCGAAAUCUCGCCAUUGGAUUCGACUUCAUUUUUACCCUUCUUCUUAUGACAAUUUCAACUGUUCCAAUUCAUUCUUUUCUGUAACAAUUGCGGCUUUUACUCUUCUCAACAACUUCAGUGUCUCAAUCACUGCACAAGCACUGACACAAGCUUAUAUCAUAAGGGAAUUCACUCUUGUCCCUCUCCAAACUGCCACCCUUAGCAUCACCUUUAGCCCUUCUUCGGUGUACAAGGACUCAUUUGCUUUUAUCAAUGGAAUUGAGAUUGUUUCAAUGCCAGAAAUCUUUGAAGACGCACCCAUGGUGGGAUUCUCGGAUCAGACUACGGAAACACAAGCUUCUUCUAUGCAAACCAUGUUCAGGCUAAAUGUUGGUGGACAAUAUAUUCCAGCAAAUAAUGACUCGGGCCUUGGAAGAAUAUGGUAUGAUGACGCGCCAUAUUUGUUUGGUGCAUCCUUUGGUAUCACAUCUGCAGCUAAUAACAGUGUCGAAAUAUCAUAUCCUUCUAAUUUACCCAAUUACAUUGCUCCAGUGGAUGUUUAUAGGACAGCACGAUCCAUGGGGCCAGAUCCAAAUGUCAACAGGAAUUAUAAUCUCACUUGGAUCUUCCAAAUUGAUGCAAAUUUCACUUAUCUUGUGAGGUUACAUUUCUGUGAUUUUCAAAUGAAAAGGAUGAAUCAGAGGGUGUUCAAUAUAUAUAUUAAUAAUCAGACUGCUUUAGAAGAUGCCGAUGUGAUUGCGUGGUCUUCUGCCCCAGAUGUGCCAGCAUACAAGGACUUCGUAAUAUAUGCCGCAGAUCAACCUGGUGAUGAUGAAAUGUGGUUGGCUUUACAUCCUACUGAUGAGACGAAGGCUGAGUUUUAUGAUGCAAUUCUCAAUGGGUUAGAGAUUUUUAAGAUCAAUGACACAUCGGGGAAUUUGGCAGGGCCUAAUCCUGUGCCACCACCACCCCUAGAUCCAGACACUGAUUCUCAGCCAAAACCAUCAUUUUCAUCAAAUAAAACUAGUAAGAAAGGCAUAAUAGCUGGUUCAGUUGUAGGAAUAGCAGCUGGCUUGGGUAUUGUUCUUGGUGUCCUUACUUUUGUCAAGCGAAGGAAAAAUGUGAACAAUGGAGGAAAUAAGUCUAGCAGAGGUGGUUGGUUACCAAUAUAUAGCAGUAGGUCUACAGAAACUAGAACAACUAUCUCAGGCAAGAGCAAUGGCAGUAGUCACAUUUCCAACAUAGGUGGAGGCCUUUGUAGGCACUUCACCUUAGCUGAGAUAAAACAUGGUACUAAGAAUUUUGACGAGUCACGAGUUAUUGGAGUUGGGGGAUUUGGUAAAGUGUACAGAGGAGAGAUUGAUGGAGGGACUGUUGUUGCUAUUAAGAGAGCAAAUCCUUCUUCCGAACAAGGACUUCAUGAGUUCCAAACUGAGAUAGAAUUGCUCUCAAAACUUAGACACAGGCACUUAGUCUCAUUGAUUGGGGCUUGUGAAGAGAAUGGAGAGAUGAUAUUAGUGUAUGAUUACAUGGCUAAUGGGACAUUGAGAGAGCACCUUUACAAGCACAACAAGCCACCCUUGUCAUGGAGGCAAAGGUUGGAUAUUUGUAUUGGUGCAGCUAGAGGUCUUCACUAUCUUCACACUGGUGCAAGGUACACUAUCAUCCAUAGGGAUGUGAAAACUACAAAUAUUUUGCUGGAUGACAAGUGGGUGGCAAAGGUUUCUGAUUUUGGGCUCUCGAAAACGGGACCUAAUCUCCAUAAAACCCACGUUAGUACAAUGGUAAAAGGAAGUUUUGGAUACUUGGAUCCAGAGUAUUUCAGAAGACAACAACUGACAGAAAAGUCUGAUGUGUACUCUUUUGGAGUAGUACUUUUUGAAGUACUUUCUGGAAGACCAGCUCUAAAUCCUAGUCUUCCAAAGGAACAAGUAAGUCUAGCUGAUUGGGCAUUACACUGCCAUUUGAGAAAUACUACCAAGGAAAUUGUGGAUCCGCAUAUUAAGGGGGAGAUUAUGCAAGAAUGUUUGAAGCAAUUUGUUGAUACAGCAGUGAGUUGCUUGUCUGAUCAUGGAACUGAUCGUCCUUCAAUGGGUUCAGUGUUGUGGAAUCUCGAGUACUGCCUUCAGUUGCAAAGUGAUCCUGAUGAACCAAAGAUGGUUGCAGAACAGAAAGCAAACGAUGCUUAUGCUAUGCAUACAGAAUUGUUAACCAUUGCAGAAGAAGGCAGAGAAGGUCACAAGUCAGAGGAUCACAGCACGGAGGCAGUCUUCUCACAAAUUGUGAAUCCACAAGGUAGAUAGUUGGUUAGUCCUACCGUUGUACUUUUUGAUUAGAAGUUUGGGUUAGCAAUUUUGAAGAGAGUUUAUAUUUGACGAGGAGGUUUGCUUAGUUUGUAGAGCACCUCCAUCUCUAACCGAUAGGUUGGGUGCUCGAGUCAUGUGAAUAGCAAGUGGAAGUACUAAUAAUACUCCUAGACUACUGGGGAUGAAAAACAAAUACACUUUAGCUUGUGUUUCUAUCGUCUUUAGUGUCUUCAUUAAUUUUGCUUCCUCGUGAGUGAAGCAGGUUCAAUGUUAUAGCUGCAUAAAGUUUUA